CUCCGCCCUGCCGCUAGCCCGCUGCGGUGCCGGCCCCAGCGACCCUCCGCGGCCCGGUGGUCCUCCGCAGCCAGCCUCCAUGGACUCGUUCGCCCCACAGCAGCCGAGGCUGCCCCGCGCGCGCUUCGCUGGCACCUCUGGCCGUGGGGCGGCCUCCGUCAGCUGCAGCCGACUCCGCCAGGUUCAGAGCAUCCUGACACAGAGCAGCAAGUCUCAACCUGAUGGGAUUCUCUGCAUCCUAGGGAUUGACAGCAGGUACAAUGAAGGCUGCAGAGAGCUGGCAAAUUACCUUCUGUUUGGUUUAUACAGUCAGAACACCACUGAUUUUGAGAAAACGGGAUUUUCUGAAGAAAUUCUAGAUGAUGUGAUUAUAUUGAUUAAAUCAGAUAGUGUCCAUCUGUACUGUAACCCUGUCAACUAUCGAUACCUUUUGCCUUAUGUAGCACAUUGGAGAAACCUACAUUUCCACUGCAUGACGGAAAAUGAGUAUGAAGAUGAGGAAGCAGCAGAAGAAUUUAAGAUUUCCAGCUUUGUGGACAUGGUUCGAGACUGCAGUAGAAUUGGUAUUCCUUACAGCUCUCAAGGUCACUUACAGAUAUUUGAUAUGUUUGUGGUGGAGAAGUGGCCAAUUGUACAGGCCUUUGCACUUGAAGGCAUUGGAGGUGAUGGAUUUUUUACCAUGAAAUACGAGUUACAGGAUAUAAGUUUGAGUCUGUGGAAUGUCUACAGCAAGAUGGACCCUAUGUCUCUGGAGAAUAUGCUUUCAGAAGACUUGGUGGUGUUUGAGCAUCAGUGGACAAGCUUCUUUGCUAAUUUUGACACAGAAAUCCCUUUCCUGCUGGAACUUUCAGAAUCUCAGGCGGGUGAGCCGUUCAGAAGCUACUUCAGUCAUGGAAUGAUCUCCAGCCACAUUACUGAAAACAGCCCUCACCGACAGCCGUUUGUUCUCUUUGGUAACCACUCGACACGAGACAACCUGAGCGCUGGCAGCUUUAACUUCCCUUCUGAGGGCCACCUGGUGCGCAACACUGGUCCUGCGGGGAGCUUUGCCAAGCACAUGGUCGCUCAGUGUGUCUCACCAAAGGGACCUCUGGCGUGUUCAAGGACGUACUUUUUUGGCGCUACUCAUGUUCCUUACUUGGGUGACGGCGACAAGCUGCCCAGGACAACUGAACAAAUUAGGCUCUUAUCCCAGAUAUAUGCUGCUGUUAUUGAGGCUGUUUUGGCUGCCAUUGCAUGUUAUGCUAAAACUUGCAGUCUGGCAAAGGCCAAGGAGGUAGCAGAGCAUACUCUGGAAUCUGAGCUAGUAUUCACUGAAUUGGUUUCAUUCAAAGCAGAUCUACGCUCCAAGGUGGCUUUUCAUAUUCAUGCUGUGAAUAACCAGGGAAGAAUUGUGCCUCUGGAUAAUGAAGAUAGCUUAUCCUUUGUGAAAACGGCUUGUAUGACUGUCUAUGACAUUCCCGACUUGCUGGGAGGAGGAGGAGGAUGCUUAGGAUCUGUGGUCUUCUCAGAGUCAUUUUUGACAUCUCGGAUCCUGGUUAAAGAAAAGGGUGGCACUAUUACCCCAGAAACCAGCUACGUUGUCCUGACAGCCGCCAUCCCCAGAUUCUGUUCCUGGCUGGUAGAAGAAAAUGAAAUAAAAUUGUCUGAGAAAACCCUGCAAGCAACAAGGGGGGACGAGUGUUUCUUGGGCACGUUGCUAACAGGAGGAAAAGGAGCGUAUCUUUAUUCCAACAGUCCACAGUCCAGGCCUGAGGAAGGGAAUGUGCAUUUUUUCUCUGGUGGCCUUCUGUUUUCUCACCGUCAUCAUGGAAGUAUCAUCAUUUCCAAGGAUCACGUGAAUUCUGUCUCCUUCUAUGAUGGGGAUUCCACCAGCAUAGUGGCCGCCCUGCUCAUCGACUUCAGAGGCUCUCUACUUCCUCAUCUCCCAGUUCAGUUCCAUGGACCAAGCAAUUUUCUGAUGAUUGCUCUUUUCCCCAAAUCAAAGAUAUAUCAAGCAUUUUACUCAGAGGUCUUCUCCUCCUGGCAACAGCAGGAUAACUCAGGGCUUUCUUUAAAAGUGAUCCAGGAAGAUGGAUUAUCUGUGGAACAAAAGAGGCUGCACUCCAGUGCACAGAAGCUCUUCAGUGCCCUGAGCCAUCCUGCAGAAGAGUGGAGCUCUCCGAAGCUGCUCUCGGCCAAACUCCCAGAGUUGGAGCGGUUUCUCCAGCAUUUUGCUAUCAGCAGUGUUGGUCAGGAGCCUGUGAUGCGGACCCAUCUUCCAGACCUGCUGCAGCAAGCUGAAAUCAGCCCUGCUCAUGGAUUAGAAAGUGACAAGGUCAUCAUCAGCAUUGUAACUGGUCUCCCUGGCUGUCACGCUAGCAAGCUCUGUGCUUUCCUGGUCACUCUGCAUAAGGAGUACGGCAGAUGGAUGGUAUACCGCCAAAUCAUGGACAGCUCUGAAUGUUUCCAUGCUGCCCACUUCCAAAAAUACCUUUCCAGUGCCCUGGAGGCCCAACAGAACCGCUCUGCCCGACAGUCAGCCUACAUCCGCAAGAAGAGCAGACUGCUGGUGGUGUUACAAGGUUACACAGAUAUCAUUGACGUUGUACAGGCCCUGCAGACUCACCCAGACCCAAAUGUCAAGUCCUACUUCACCAUUGGUGCCGUCACAGUGUGUGUGGAGCCCCUGAGCUGCUACAUGGAGCACAGAUUUCUCUUUCCUAAAUGUCUUGACCAGUGUUCACAAGGCUUGGUGAAUAAUGUGGUCUUUACCAGUCACACGAUGGAGCAGAGGCACCCUCUCCUUGUUCAGCUGCAGGCCCUCAUCAGGGCUGCCAACCCUAGUGCAGCCUUCAUUCUUGCAGAAAAUGGGAUGGUUACAAGGAAUGAAGACAUUGAGCUGAUUCUCUCAGAAAACAGUUUUUCAAGUCCCCAGAUGCUACGUUCUCGAUACUUAAUGUUUCCGGGCUGGUAUGAAGGUAAAUUUGAUUCCGGAUCCGUCUUUCCACUAAUGGUUCAGAUCUGCGUGUGGUUUGACCGACCUCUGGAGAAAACCCGCUUUGUGACCAAGUGUAAAGCAAUUCAGUCUUCCAUCAAGCCAAGUCCCUUCUCUGGAAAUAUCUACCACAUCCUUGGCAAAGUGAAGUUUUCAGAUUCUGAAAAGACCAUGGAAGUCUGCCACAACACUUUGACCAAUUCCUUGAGCAUUGUGCCGGUUUUGGAGGGACCCACUCCACCCCCCAACUCAAGAAGCACACCUCAAGACAGUGGGCAGCCAGAAUGCUACCUUGUGUUCAUUGGCUGCUCCCUGAAGGAAGACAGCCUCAAAGACUGGCUACGACAGUCAGCUAAGCAGAAGCCUCAGAGGAAAGCUCUGAAAACCAGGGGAAUGCUGACCCAGCAGGAGAUCAAGAACAUCCACGUGAGUGGCCUGCCCUAGCUUCCCCUCAGUGGCUUGUCCUAGAUCUGUAGUGCUGUCUUGGGUUCCUAGGGUAAGGGACUAUUUGUGGGAUGUCCUGGCAUGCUUGCUUCUCUCAGGACACAAAGGGAAGCUGGUCAAGAAGCUAACCCUGUAGCUUCAGUAAAUGGAGAGGCCACGUGUGCUGUGACCUGUCAAUGAGAUGGAAGAGAUCUGGUACCUGUAAGAGGACUGCAUAAUGGGAGGCCUGGCCUGCCCACCCUGCCCAAGUAGUUCUACAAGAUCUCUGCUUAAGAUAUAUCACACAGGGGGCCGGAGAGAUGGCUCAGGGGUUAAGAGCACUAGGUGCUCAUCCGGAGGACCUGAGUUCAGUUCCCAGCACCCACAUGGCAGCUCACAACUGUCUGUAACUCCAAUUCCAGGGGAUCUGACACCUUCACACCAAUGCACAUAAGAUAAACUUAAAUAAAUUAUUUUUUUAAAAAAAAGAUAUAUAACACAGAAGUCAGCUGAGGCUCAGAAGAAAGCCAUGCAGACAGCUGUUCAUGGGAAGGGAUCCUACGGGAUCUUAAGGUCAAAAUGAGAUUUCCUGGGUGAGCGUUACUCAUAGCAGACUGACCCCUAAGCCUCUUUUCCUCAAGCCCCAUAAUAGGCCAUCACUAGUCCCAAUGUUUGUGCAUCAUACCUGGUGCUCGUAGAAGCCAGAAAAGGGUGUCAGAUCCUGAACUGCAGUUACAGAUGGUUGUGAGCUACCACCCUGUGGGCGCUUGGAAUUGAACCUGGAUCCUCUGAAAGAACAGCUGGUACUCUAAACUAUUGAGCUACCUAUGCGUUAGUUAGUUGGCCUGGAACUUACUAUGUAGACCAGGCUAGCCUCAAACUCCUAGAGAUCCACAUACUUCUGCUUUCAGGGUGCUGAGAUUAAAGGUGUGGGCCACCAUGCCCAGCUCUGUUUAUUUUUUUUGAAUGAAUAAAUGAUAAAAAGUUGUCAGAUAAUUCAACAGGAUUCUUUUCCAACAGGUGAAACGCCACUUGGAUCCCCUACCUGCAGGCUACUUUUACAAUGGCACCCAGUUUGUUAACUUCUUUGGGGACAAGACCGAUUUUCACCCACUCAUGGACCAGUUCAUGAAUGAUUAUGUGGAGGAGGCCAAUCGGGAGAUCGAGAGGUACAACCGUGAGCUGGAGCAGCAGGAGUACCGUGACCUCUUUGAACAGAAGCCCUAAAGAAAGCUGGGCCUGUGCCCACCAGAGAUGAAUGAAUGAAUGGGUGUCCAUCUUUCCUGAGGCCCCUCCUGAAGGGGCUGUCUCUGUCCUCCCUGGCCUGUGCCUGCCAUAGUACAUGUUGUCUUUGUUCUCUCUUCUCUCUGCAUCCUGCAAGGCAUUGUGUGUACCACUGAGUGGGGCUGUGCACAGGACGGGCAGCUAGCACCUCCCUGUGGGCCAGCAGCUCCGGUGUCUGAUAGACUCUCCCUUGGACUGCUGAACACCAUGGGAGGCUGAGGAGAAGGAAGCCUUUGGCUUGCACAGUAGAUCUGCUGGGAUUCAAAGGACCUCUGGUUGCCUAAACAGUGGCCAGGCAGAGAUCCACAAUGCUUUCUGGAUGAGAGCACUUUUGUGGGAUGAAUGGAAGCUGAUCGGAUGCUUUCUGGAAGUGUGAGGCUCCUGAGUUAAUAGCAGCAUUCCCAUGGGCCUGGUCCUAGAGCUCCCCGGUGGCAUCACUUCGGUCUCUAAUUCAGAGACAAGAGCAGGCCUGCUGCCCAAGCCCUGGCAGUGCCUCACCUCCCGGUCAAGGUGAAUAUCCUGCAACUGGUUGUCUUGGGCCCAAGGUCUCAUCAUUUGGGGGAAGGCUGUUGGUCUCUGACACCCAGCCUCCUCACCCCCGUCAUGGAAGGCAAUACAUUUCAGAAAACCUCCCCUGAAACUGCCCCUGGAUUUGUUUACUUGGUUCCUGAGGACCAGGAAUUUCAAGAAUUCAGAUGUCCAAAUUAGAAUCCCCUCCAGUGGUUUUUUUUUUUUUUUUUUAUUGGACCAUACAGCAGAGGUAAACUAAUUUGCGUCCCAAGACUGACCUUCCUAAGGUCACUAAAGGGGAUGUCUACUAGGACUUGAGUGCCUCUGCUGCUUGGGCUAUACGUGUUUUCUGAGUUUCAUGAACUUUUUGCAUGCCUUAGGAAGAAGCACAUAGGUUAAGCCAGCAUCGUGUUCUGUAAUGUAGAGAGGCUUUUGAGGAAGGGCCCUGGCACAGUGGAGAGGUGAGGUGGAUGGAGCACAUGGAGUCAAGUGCCUGGUAACGGAGCUCUUGGUGCAAAAAGCAAAGUAAUAAUCAAGGCUUGUCAAUAAAAUAUACUUGUAUUAUGAAAAAAAUUGAAGCCAAAAAAAGCAAAUUACAAGUAUCAUUGGAUAAAAAAUCUUGCAUUAAGAAAAGCUCGUGAGAAAGGCACAUACGCUCCAAUCCCAGCUCCAAGAUACACUGGUGACAGGGCCCUCCUGUUGAGCUCCAGUCCGGAAAUCCCUGACUCCUGGCUGGGGUUCAGUAGCAUAGAUCUUAAGUGCAAUUGAUUAAUAAGCAAUGAGUUACUACAGCUCCUUUAUCUUCACCAAGCUCUUUUUAAAAACUAAAAUUUGAGCUAGCAGCCUUAUAAAGGGAAAGGGGGACCACAAAGCUAUUUCAUUUCCUUUGGGGGCGGGGGGAACCACAGGCCAUUUCAUUUCCUGCAGGGUUACUGUGAAGUUUUCAGUGGAAGCUCCAGAUCAAGAGCUCUGACUGCUCUGGCCUGGCAGUCUGGCUGCUGCGCAAAAGCGUUUUUAAAGAGGGGUUGGGGCCACGCUAUGUGGUGAACUUGGUUUCUGACCAUUGUCCAUAGAAAUGUGCUUUCACCAGCCUGCCCCACUGCCCCGUUCCUCUUACGAGGGAAAACUGAUUACCUCAACUUGAAUAUAAAACUGUGGUUUUGAAGAAAAGGCAGAACAUUCAGAAGUUCUUUGCCCCAAGAAGGCAAAGCUAGCUGAAGCCUCCGGUUAGAUACUCCCUAGCCUACUGGGAGUCUGGAGGGGCCCAGCAACCACACACUGUGAGUUCUUUGAGGACUAGCAGGGGACCAUGCUUCUCCUGUGCUGCUCCCUACAACCUGCCGUCUCUUGACUUUGACUGUGGAAUUCAGCAUCCCCUUGAUUCAUCUGGGUCCAAGAGUGUGCUCUGAGGCUAUCUCCAGAGGAGAGCCAUGAUACUGCUUCAGCCUCUAAUCUUGGACGUGGAUAGGUAUCAGGGACCCAGCAGGGAUCGUAGGGAUCAGUUUCCAGGACAGGCAGAGUCCUCCAGGGGCUUACAUGCUUUCUACCAGCAUUCCUGUUAGCAGCUUCAGUUUGAUCACCGGAGUGAGUGUGAGAGUGGUGAGGUCACUGAAGUUAUGGGUUGUUUUGUUUCAUGUGGGAGUUCCCCUUCUUGACUGGAGGGAGGAAGCAAAUACUGGAGGCAAGUUAGCCCCACCAAGCCCUCAGGCUUUUGACCUGAGGCCUGGGUACUAGCCCUUUAGGCUGUGAUCAAUACAAAUGUCCCUCCUAAAUCCUCUUAGGAUUUUGGAGAAUUUUUGCACAGUAAUAAGCUCUGGCUUCUCAAAAGGGAAGAGUUCAACUCAAAGACUGUAACUGUAAGUAUUCCAGCCAUGCUGCUGACUAGUUGGAUAGCUGUACCUCAAAACACUAGGUGGGAAGCGGCUUUCUCAUUGUCCGUGGUGGAAUACUAAUGGAGGAGCUCGCUUACGUGCCAAAAUUCACUUUUGUACUAGUUCCCAAUGCUUUAAUAUUUGUAACUUAAAUUUUAAAAUUCAUAUUUACAAACACUACUAUAACUUCAGUGAAACUGAAUUGUGUGAUUGAAGCUUUUUGCUUAUUAUAGUAUUUAUUACACUACUUAAUUCAGUAAAUAUAUAAAAGUAGCCUUCAAUUUAUUUUUAUAUUAUUUUACAUGUUUUUAUCUGCAGUUGUGUCUGUGAAUUUCCCUUGGAGAUUAAGAUGUAACGCUAAGGACCAAUAAACUCACUCAAUAAGUUGC